GGCGCAGCGUCACCCGCCGCCGCGAGCCUUUCCCUCGUCGCGCACCGCUGCGCCGCCCCCUCCCUCCCCCUGCCCUCUCUGCGCGAGGGGAGGGCAGGCGGGCGCGCAAAGAUGGCGGCGGCGAGUUAGAAAGCGGCUGAGGCGUCGAGGAGGGAGAGGAGCUCGGCGGAAGGAAUCCCGGCGCUGCUCCAGAAAGACGGCCAGAAGAUGGUGGAACCAGGACAAGAUCUGUUGCUUGCUGCUUUGAGUGAAAGUGGAAUCAGCCCAAAUGACCUGUUUGAUAUUGAGUCUACAGAUAUGGGUCUUGCAACCCCAGCUCCAGCUGUUCAGCAGUCAGCCCCAGUUAGCGCAUUAGAACUGGGCAUGGAAACUGAAGCAUCACUUGCUGUUAAAACAGAACCACAGACUGCAUCUUCUCCAGCUGUGCUGAACAUCAGGCAACCACCAUCAACUACAACCUUUGUGUUGAAUCAAAUAAACCAGCUCCCUACUCUGGGAACUACCAUAGUAAUGACAAAAACAACCCCUGUCACCACUACCAGGCAGACGAUCACUGUAGCAAAAAUUAUACAGACCAGCACCACUACCCGGCCAUCAGUUGCAGCGCCAGCAGUUCGGAAUGCCCUGACUACCACAACUCCCAAGGACCAGAUCCAGCUAAAAGAUCUGCUAAAAAACAAUAGUCUUAAUGAGCUGAUGAAGCUGAAGCCACCUCCCAACAUUGCUCAGCCAGUUGCGACAGCUGCAACUGAUCUAAGCAAUGGUACUGUAAAAAAGGAGGCGUCUACUAAAGAAGUAGCAAGAAUAUGGAUAAAUGACAUGAAAAUGAGAAGCUUUUCUCCUACAAUGAAAGUGCCAGUAGCAAAAGAGGAAGAAGAGCCUGAAGAAGAAGAUGAAGAAGAAAUGGGUCACGCAGAGACGUAUGCAGAGUACAUGCCCAUAAAAUUAAAAAUUGGUCUGCGUCAUCCUGAUCCAGUGGUAGAAACCAGUUCGCUCUCCAGUGUUACCCCUCCAGAAGUUUGGUAUAAGUCUUCAAUUCCUGAAGAGAGUAUUGAUAGUGGCUGGCUGUCAGCAUUGCAGCUUGAAGCUGUUACAUACGCAGCACAGCAACAUGAAACAUUCCUACCCAAUGGAGACAGAGCUGGUUUCUUGAUAGGUGAUGGUGCAGGUGUAGGAAAAGGAAGGACCAUAGCUGGAAUAAUAUAUGAGAACUACCUCUUGGGUAGAAAAAGGGCAGUAUGGUUUAGUGUUUCAAAUGAUCUGAAAUAUGAUGCAGAAAGAGAUCUGAGAGAUAUUGGAGCAAAAAACAUUUUGGUUCAUUCAUUAAACAAGUUCAAAUAUGGAAAAAUUUCUUCAAAACACAACGGGAGUGUGAAGAAAGGUGUCAUAUUUGCCACCUAUUCCUCUCUUAUUGGAGAAAGUCAGUCUGGGGGUAAAUACAAAACCAGGCUCAAACAGCUUCUUCACUGGUGCGGAGAUGACUUUGAUGGAGUCAUAGUAUUUGAUGAAUGUCACAAGGCUAAAAAUCUUUGUCCUGUUGGGUCGUCAAAACCAACUAAGACAGGUUUGGCGGUUCUGGAGCUGCAGAAUAAACUUCCAAAAGCCAGAGUUGUCUAUGCUAGUGCCACAGGUGCAUCUGAGCCACGCAAUAUGGCAUAUAUGAACCGCCUUGGGAUAUGGGGUGAAGGAACCCCAUUUAGGGAGUUCAGUGACUUUAUUCAGGCUGUUGAAAGAAGAGGUGUAGGUGCCAUGGAAAUUGUUGCUAUGGAUAUGAAGCUACGAGGAAUGUAUAUAGCAAGGCAGCUGAGCUUUUCGGGUGUAACCUUCAAAAUUGAUGAGGUUCAGCUUUCACAGCACUAUGUUAAAAUGUAUAAUAAAUCUGUAAAAAUGUGGGUAAGUGCCAGGGAGAAAUUCCAGCAAGCAGCCGACCUCAUUGAUGCUGAGCAGCGGAUGAAGAAGUCUAUGUGGGGCCAGUUCUGGUCUGCCCACCAGAGAUUCUUCAAAUACCUCUGCAUAGCUUCCAAGGUGAAAAGGGUGGUACAGCUGGCACGAGAAGAAAUAAAGAAUGGCAAAUGUGUAGUCAUUGGGUUGCAGUCCACAGGGGAAGCAAGAACCUUAGAAGCUUUGGAAGAAGGUGGUGGAGAACUGAACGACUUCGUUUCCACAGCAAAGGGAGUAUUUCAGUCUCUCAUUGAGAAACAUUUCCCAGCUCCUGACAGGAAGAAGCUUUUUAGCUUGCUGGGAAUCGACUUGUCUGCUCAAAGUAAUAACAACUCUCCUAGAGACAGUCCUUGCAAGGAGGACAAAAUGAAGAAACGCAAAGGUGAAGAAAUAACCAGAGAUGCCAAGAAAGCGCGUAAGACUGGUGGGCUAGCUGGGAGCAGUUCUGACGAAAGCUUCAGUGAGUCGGACAUCUCGGACAAUGAAGAGAGUGAUAAUGAGAGCUCCAGGUUUUUAAGCUCUGGGGAAGAUGAUGACUUCAACCCAUUUAAAGAUGAAUCUAGCGAGGAUGAUGAAGAUGACCCCUGGCUAAUUAGGAAAGAACAUAAGAAAAAUAAAGAGAAGAAAAAAAAGAAAAGCAUAGACCCAGAUUCCAUUCAGAGUGCCUUACUAGCGUCUGGACUUGGAUCCAAACGGCCCAGUUCUCUUUCUUCCACAGUAGUUACCUCUUCUACUACAAAUACGUCUGCUAACAGUAAUACAAAUACCAGCUAUGUAACAAGUCAGGAUGCUGUUGAGAGAGCCCAGCAGAUGAAAAAGGAAUUGCUUGAUAAAUUGGAAAAACUAUCAGAAGAUCUUCCUCCUAAUACACUGGAUGAACUUAUAGAUGAACUGGGUGGUCCUGAGAAUGUGGCUGAGAUGACAGGUCGCAAAGGGAGAGUCGUGAGUAAUGAUGAUGGCAGCAUCUCUUAUGAGUCCAGGUCUGAGCUAGAUGUUCCUGUUGAAAUCCUAAACAUCACAGAGAAGCAAAGAUUCAUGGAUGGAGAUAAGAAUAUUGCCAUCAUUUCUGAAGCAGCCAGCUCUGGUAUUUCAUUGCAAGCAGAUCGACGAGCCAAGAACCAGAGGCGAAGGGUACAUAUGACUCUGGAGUUGCCGUGGAGUGCAGAUAGGGCAAUACAGCAGUUUGGCCGAACUCACAGGUCCAACCAAGUGACCGCACCAGAAUAUGUCUUCCUAAUAUCUGAACUGGCUGGAGAACAAAGAUUUGCGUCAAUUGUUGCCAAACGCCUGGAGAGCUUGGGAGCUCUCACUCAUGGCGACCGAAGAGCUACAGAAACAAGAGACCUCAGCAGAUUCAACUUUGACAACAAGUAUGGCCGAAAUGCAUUGGAAAUAGUGAUGAAGUCCAUUGUGAACUUAGACUCUCCAUUGGUUUCUCCACCUGCUGAUUAUCCAGGAGAAUUCUUUAAAGAUGUCCGUCAGGGUUUAAUAGGCGUGGGCCUAAUAAAUGUAGAAGACCGGUCUGGGAUUCUAACACUUGACAAAGAUUACAACAAUAUAGGGAAAUUUCUAAACCGGAUUCUGGGUAUGGAAGUGCAUCAGCAGAAUGCUUUAUUCCAGUAUUUCUCAGACACGUUAAAUGCAGUAAUACAGAAUGCUAAGAAGAAUGGAAGAUAUGACAUGGGCAUUUUAGAUCUGGGUUCAGGAGAUGAGAAGGUGAGGAAGGCAGAUGCUAAAAAAUUCCUCACACCAGGAUAUUCUACCUCAGGACAUGUUGAAUUAUAUACUAUAAGCGUGGAGAGAGGGAUGUCUUGGGAAGAAGCAACUAAGAUUUGGGCUGAACAAAGUGGACCAGAAGAUGGAUUUUAUUUAUCACUUCAGAUACGAAACAAUAAGAAAACUGCCAUCCUGGUGAAAGAAGUGAAUCCCAAAAAGAAGCUUUUUCUAGUAUAUAGACCAAAUACCGGAAAACAAUUGAAAUUGGAGACGUAUGCAGAAAUAAAGAAAAAAUAUAAAAAGGUUCCUUCUGACGAUGCUGUGGCCCACUGGCUAGAGCAGUACACGUCAUCAGCAGACACUUGCACCCAUGCUUACUGGAGAGGCAACUGCAAAAAAGCAGGCCUGGGCCUGGUUUGUGAAGUUGGCCUGCGCUGUCGGACGUACUAUGUCCUGUGUGGUUCAGUCCUAAGCGUCUGGACAAAAGUAGAAGGAGUUCUAGCCUCAGUAAGCGGUACAAAUGUUAAAAUGCAGAUCGUUCGGCUACGGACGGAGGAUGGACAGAGGAUUGUAGGCUUGAUCAUUCCCGCAAAUUGUGUGUCUCCCCUUGUAAACCUACUUUCGACAUCAGACCAGUCACAACAGCUUGCAGUGCAGCAGCAACAAAUAUGGCAACAGCAUCACCCACAGAGCAUUACCAACUUCAACAAUGCAUAAGAAAAGAGAGUCUUUGGUAUUUGGCUGUACAAGCGUAUCAUUGCAUUUAAAAAAAAAAUAUCAGGGACAGAUUCCAAAGAAAUAACUUUCAGUUCCAUCAUGCUCUCUUAGAACUGUGCAGAAGAGGAGAGACACCUGAAGGGUGGUCAAACUGAAAGCCAAACAUUGUUUCACAGUGGUCCAUGUGUCCUUUUUUACCCCCCCCCCAACUGCUCUUUAUAGAGCUGCUUCUUUUUACAAAAAAAUGUUUGUCCUACUUAAGCUACAAACCAUGACUUUUUUUUUUAAGAGGCUUGAAAAUUCCCAACCAACCUAUCCAUUCACCUUGUCAUACAGUGCUCAGGGUUUAAUGCAGUACAUCGGUGCCAUUGCUGCGGGAGAGGUCCUCAGAUGCAUGUAUUUUGAGUUCAUAUUAUAGAGAUGAUAUAUAUAAUGGUGGCAACACAGGUCUCAAUAAAAAAAGUACAUUUAUUUAAAAAGCAGCAUGAAAAUUUAAAGGUUUGCAAACCACACAUUCAAGUUUGUUCCCCAUUUUUGUUUGGGCUGUGCAUGUCUUUGGAUUAGGCAUGAGCAGGAUCUACACAAAAAGUCAACAUGGAAAAGGAAGAAAGAGACAAUCUCAGUACAGCAUUGAGGAUUGCAUUUUAAGAAAAAGGCCCAGCGAUUGCAUUUUCUGGCUUUCUUCUAGAGGUUAUAUAUUUGAAUCUGCAACAUGUUUGUGUGUGUGUGUGUGCGCGCGCGCGUGUGUGUGAUGAAAACAUCUUAAAUUUUUAAAGUUCCUUUUUUAAAUGUGUUAAUGGUGUUCCUAAUUGUGUGCUGCAAGAAUGGCUUUAAAAAAGCCUGAUUUAUUUUCUUUUUUCUUUCCUUCUCAAAUGUUUCCUUUAUCCAGUGAGGUUUUUAGGAAACACAAGUGCAAAUUUACUUCCAUUUCACAUUACAGCCCUUUAAAAAAAGUUUUUGUUUUUUGUUACUCAAUACUUGAGCUGUAAAUUAGACAUGGGGGGGAGGGGGGCAGCAGCACGUGAGGGUUCCGAUGUGUAUGCUGGGUUGAUUUUUCCCCCCGUUUCCCCGUCACUUGAAUACUUUUGUUUAUGUUGUAAGACAUUGUAGAGUUUAUCCUGGAGCUGUUUAAAAUUGUAAAUGUACAAAAUGUGAAUAGUCACUUAUCUAAAAAUAUGGGUAAGUUUUGUUUUGCCUAUAAUAGUAGAUGUUUAUAAAGAAAGUGAAGGACAAUGUUUGUCAUUUUUCUUCUUGCUUGCACAGGUUGCACUAUUGAAAAAUUGAGAUUGUAUAAACCUGUCCACAAAACUACAAGAUACCAAAAUCUUGUAGGUGUCAAAUAAAUAAAAAAGCUAUUGUUCUAACAA